AUGGAGACCGACUCGCGCCUGGCGAACUUUGCGGUCGGACAGAACUACAGCCUGCUGGACGUUAUCGGGGAGGGCGCGUACGGCGUGGUCUGCUCAGCAGUCCACGUCCCGUCCGGUCGCAAGGUCGCCAUCAAGCGCAUCACCCCCUUCGACCACUCCAUGUUUUGUCUUCGUACUCUGCGCGAGAUCAAGCUCCUCCGCCACUUUCACCACGAGAACAUCAUCUCCAUCCUCGACAUCCUCAGGCCACAGAAUAUCCAUGACUUUCGCGAGGUCUAUCUCGUACAGGAACUCAUGGAGACUGACCUUCAUAGGGUCAUCAGGACACAGACGCUGUCCGAUGACCACUGUCAGUACUUUAUCUACCAGACACUACGCGCACUGAAAGCCCUCCACUCCGCCGACGUCCUCCAUCGAGACCUCAAACCAUCCAACCUGCUCCUCAACGCGAACUGCGAUCUCAAGCUCUGCGACUUUGGUCUCGCACGAUCAGCACGGCCACCCCCAGACGCAGACGACUCGUCCAACUUCCUUACAGAAUACGUCGCAACAAGAUGGUAUCGCGCACCGGAAGUUAUGCUUACGUUCAAGGAGUACACCCGCGCUAUCGAUAUCUGGAGCGUCGGCUGUGUCCUUGCAGAGAUGAUCAGCGGAAAGCCGUUGUUCCCCGGUCGAGAUUAUCACCACCAACUCUCAAUCAUCCUCGACAUCCUCGGCACACCCUCCCUCGACGACUUUUAUGCCAUCACCUCACAACGAUCGAGAGAGUACCUCCGCGCGCUGCCAUUUAGGAAGAAAAAACCGCUCGAUCAGCUAUUUGUCGGCGCGAAUCCGCUUGCGGUAGACCUCAUGGAGAAAUGCCUCACCUUCAGCCCGAAGAAACGGAUCGACGUCUCAGAGGCACUGAGGCAUCCUUACCUCGAGUCAUAUCACGACCCAGACGACGAACCGACCGCUCCGCCGCUCGAUCCCUCCUUCUUUGACUUUGAUGGUUCGGAGCCGUUGGGGAAAGAAGAUCUGAAGGUGUUGAUCUACAACGAAGUCAUGAGCGCGCACCAGUACCCACAGCAGCAGCAGAUACAGAUACCUUCGCCGGGCGUGCCGACGAAUGGAGGCUUGAAUCUUAUGGGGUCGGGGUCGUGA